CCGGAGCGGCCUGGCCUUAUUCUUAAAUCAUGCCAGAGACCAUACGGUCCAGCUCUCUGGCCCGCAUCAUUGCAGGCUGCUCAAAAGCGUGGAGUGACUGAAUUGGUUAACUUCUUUCUAGAGUACGUUGGUCUGGGCUGACGGCUUCAGAGGUAGCUGGCCAGCCGUGUGCAGAUUGAUUUCCGGAAUGGAUCUUGCGCCGUGUACCCUUUGGCUUCAAGAUCAUGAGAGUUGUCUAGUUCCGAACGCGCCGAAAAAGGACAGGUUCAGUGAGCUGAUACUGUGCUGCCCACGGCGUCCAAUCGUGUGACUGGUUACUGUUGAUACUUUUCGACGUAAUCGAAAGGUUCGGGGUUUAGGGAUCUGGCUUUCAAGUGGGGACGAUUUGAAUUGGCGGUAGAGUGCCGACGUGACUCUAUCCCAAUUAGACCUUUAGGGGUGGUAGAGAUGGGUCGUGUGAAGUUGGAGAUUAAGAAGAUCGAGAACCCGACCAACAGGCAGGUGACAUACUCCAAGCGGCGGAAUGGCCUCGUCAAGAAAGCCUACGAGUUGUCUGUGCUUUGUGAUAUCGACCUCGCGCUUAUCAUGUUUUCACCAUCCGGGAAGCUCACGCAGUACAGUAAUUGCAGCAUCGAAGAUAUUAUCGGUCGAUUCGCCAAUUUACCUAUGCACGAGCGGAACAAAAGAAAGCUUGAAAAUCUCGAGUAUCUUCACAAAGCGCUUAAGAAACUCGCAGGUGACAAGGAACUGGUCUCCAAUCAGCUCAUCUCUGGAAGUAAGAGCUACGAAGUUGGGUUGCUGCAAGAAGAGCUGAAGAAAUCACAACAAGAGAAAGAAUUAGUUCAACAAAGAGCCAGGUUGUACUUGGCUGACCAGCAACUACUUCAAAGUGUCACUUCUGUUCAGCAACUGGCUAAUAUGGAGACAGAAUUGGAACAAGCCAUUGAGCGUGUGAGGGCAAGGAAGGCGUACGUGAGCAGUGCUUACGAGGCAGCUUCUGUCAUGCAAAGACAGGUGAUGGCUUUACAGGUCCGGGCUCAGCAGCAGCAACAACAACAAGGCUUAUCAGGGAGUACACACCCUCCAUUUUUACAGUGGAAUAAUCCUGAGCGCGGAGAGGCAAUACUUCAAGACUUUAUGGAGCAGCAAACAAACUCUCAGUCAAUAGUUCCAGUGCAGAUGAACAGGGAAAUAGGAAGCAGUAAUGAAGCUGGUCCAUCAACCUUCUUCCCUCAGACUGGUUCUCAAUCUAACCUGCACAGUUUAGCCGGACAGAUGAGUCUCGUCGGAGUUAAUCGAGGACUAAGCAUCCAUGACAUGGCUUUGGAACGGUCCAGAGGCCAGUACGAGGAUCGCAAGAAGUCCAAAGGCGAAUCCAACACGGGCUUCGGAGCUUCGUCAAGUAGCAGUGGGGCUGCCGCGGAUCAAGGCACCGGUGAGACCUUCACCGGCCAAUCUGAGCCUGCACAUGGAAGCGCCCCCAGCGCCUCGAACUGGCAGCUUUCGCACCAAGCACAUCACGCGCAAGCUUAUUCCGCUGCUCACUAUCCAACUGGCUACUUCAAUCAGAACACAGAUACUUGGAAGUAGUUCCACGCGCUGAGGCGGCUUACCACUGUAGGCUACAGUCUGUAUAGAAGACUAAGCUCAGAGGAAUUAACCACUUAGAAAGGUUGACCAGUGGUCAUGCAACUUGCUCGGUUUCUAUGUUGGGGUGAUUAUUGUAGAGGGAAGAAUCAUUUUCGAGACGAAAACAAACGUGCUAUUUGAACCGCAUGUUUUCUCGGGAGCAAGUCUUGAGGGAUCAAACAACGCAGGAAGCACAUGCACAUUGCCGCGUCGACCGAUGGACUGUUCAGCUUUUCGUCACUGGAACAUUAUAACGAACGCCAACAUGAUGUUCGUGACUACGCAGCUACGAAGGUUCGGCGUCCAACAGUUUCUCAGCGGAGACACGGCCCCACCUCGUGCAAACAAAAACACUCUUGGACUGUUCGUCUGUGACGUAUAAUAUCCAGCUUCUUAUACAAAUGACGUUCAGGUAACUUAUAGUGAGGAUACAUUCCACCUUAGGACUCCAGGCCAGCUGCAGCAGUAUUCGUAGACUCAAUGGCCAAUUUGCAGUAUAUUGCAAGGUGGACAAGUAUCAGGUUCUUGAUACCUAUAUACCCGAUGUAUUUUGGCUCCAACAAGCUGGUUAAAUAAGAACGAUUCUUAAAUCACUUGAA